UUUCCUUUGCUGUGUAAAUAGGUCUUAAAGCCUAUUUCACAUAAAAAGUAUUUUAAACUCCCAAAAGUGAGUCUAAAGAUGGCGGCUUCGGCAAUGAGGGGCGCUAUGGCUCUGCGGGCAAAUGCUAGCCGGCCCGUUGCUUUUGUCAGAAAAAUUCCCUGGACUGCCAGCUCGAGUGAGCUGAGAGAACACUUGGCACAGUUUGGCCAUGUCCGAAAGUGCGCUGUACCUUUUGACAAAGAGACUGGCUUUCACAGAGGUAUGGGUUGGAUUCAAUUUUCUUUCUCAGAGGAACUUCAGAAUGCACUACAACAGGACAGUCAUGUUAUUGAUGGAGUAAAACUCCAUGUUCAAGCUCAGAGACCCAAAAUGUUGCAAGGGGAUCAAACAUCUGAUGAAGAAAAAGAUUUUUGAGACUAGU